AAUGUUUGUCGGUCGGUCGGUUGGCGUUUGUAUGUGGGCCUUUUACUCUAGACAGAAUGUCUUAGUUCGUAUCACGGACACCAGGCAGCGUGACCCCAGGUUUUCUGUUGUGCUGGAGAAAAAACCAAUCUCCAUUGCACUUUCUCUAGGGACACGGUGCACGCCGUUUAAAGCGUCAUCAGAACUGCAGAUUCCCGUCCGUGACACGAAGCACCAGUUGGAGGCAGCAACCGUAACAACUAAGAUUUUGUUUCACGAUGGAAGGUAAUGGUGCCGAGCACACAAACCAGCCGUUAAAAUCUACAGAAAGUGAAUUUGCGGAUGGAACGCAGCGCCCGGAGCAACGUAAUCUAUCGGAGAGCAGUCGGGCGACGACAGCUGCCGCUGUGGAGUAUGUCGCACAGGAAGUCUCGCUACCUGCCGAAGGCAACCCGUGUCAACGGCAAGCAACUGCAGCGGCCGGGGAUGUGGGAGCAGUGGGCAGCAUCGGCUGCAGCCACAGGGACAGCGAUAGCAACAGUGGCAGUGGGUUUGGCACAGAUACCGAAGAGACUGACUGCACAUCGUUGUCGGACCUUGAUGAAUAUUACCGCAGUGCUUUGGAAGCACUUCGGACGGGUGAUGAAAAGGAAAGAAACGUUUCAAUUUGGCUCGACAAAUGUCAGGUUCUGGUGAUAGCAGAGAGCAGUGAGCUUCACAAGUUUGCCACAGGUGUGUUAGGCACUGCUUGCAUUGGAAACGUCGAGGUGCAGUCGAUCGUCAGCGAAGGUGGAAACACUCCGGAGGGAGACAGCUACGAGCAGAGGUUCCAAGCAGCUGAAGAUUACAUACUUGCUGCCGACCAGUAUUUUGCUACACGCGAGAAUGCGAGGAUGGGAAAAUUUAAAGACACGAUUGAAGAGACUGAAGAUCUCUCUGAAGCUAUCAUGGCAAAUAGUAGAGAUUUUAUGGAGAGCAUGAUACUGAAUCAGUGUUAUGAUGAGACAUGUGGAGAGACGAAAGCGAACGUGAAUAAAAAUGAGGGAAGGUGCGAGAGGCCACAAGAUGAGUUGGAGGCGAAACGCAGGAGAAUGAAUAGUAGCAGUGAAAGUGCGAUGACUGCACUAAGGGAUGGACGGACUGCAGAAAAGAGCGAUACUGGGGGUGUAGAAAACACGGUGGCCCAACAACGGGAACUGAUGUCCGAACAUGUGAUGCACAGUAAACAUGUAGGCGAGAGGGAGAGCUUGACAACAGAGGGUGGUGCUGAGAAUCCUGAUGAUCAAACUAGCACCAGCAGAAGAGACAGUGAGGGUGGUGCUGUAGAAGGCCUUAGCGAGCCUACAGCUACCAGCAGCUGUAGCGAGACAGAAGAAGAAAGGCGCGUGGAAGUUGAUAAACAGCAUGCUGUAGAAGACGCUUGCAAGAGAGCUCAAGUAAUACGAAAGCUGGUCACACGGCAGCGGGAAGCACUCUCGAGGAUGACUGCCACGUCCGAAGCGCGCUUGUAUAAAAUGUUUUCGGAGUGUCAUUUCCUGCUUACCUGCGUGAAAAACGCAGGGUACGUGUGCAAUUCGGCUCUAGAAGCGCACGGGAUGGCCCAGAUUGCACUGAAAAUAGCAGCGUGUUUAGGCACGGCAGAUAUAGACACCGUGAGGGGGGCUGCCGUCAGUGCGUCACAGAGCGCAGACCUGGCUGUGGUAAACUGCGAGAAAGCGGUUCAGCUCCAGAAGGAAGCCGUCAGCGUCAUGGAGCAGGCCAUGGCGCCCCUGUUCGACGUUCACGAUGAUAAGUUCCUAGCUGAACGCACUGUCCUGCAGGUCACCAGGGCCGCUGAGGAUGUACAGCAGUUCGUCGACACAGGAGCCGACGUUAAUCUGGACGAGCUAGCAAAUAAACUCUAUCAAAUGGAAUCGAUGAUUGACAAACUCUCGGAAGCUUUCCAAAGGGCAAAGAAUGUUGAUUUCAUCACGAAACAGCUGGCUAAAAAGUUUGAUGAUGCCGCGUUCCAUACUUCGGUCAUAGAGGCCGUGUUUGGGACAUCGUACUUCGUUCUCAAAGCGAUGGCAGCAGCGAUAAAUGCUCUUGAACCCCUGUCUUGAGACCGGGUGCUCAAAUAGCGAAACAUUCAGGUCGACAAAAUACUUCGUAAAACACGUCAUCUGUAAGUCGUGGAUAUUUUCCACACGGUGACGCACCUACAGAUCAGGCAGAUGAUCGCAGAACGUGAGCUCUGGAAGGUGCAUGUUAACACUAUUAGUUUUAAACAUCAGAAUCUAGUUAAAUUCGUUUCGCAGUAAUAAACGACCAUAACUUUUGUCAUAAAAAAUUUUAUGAUUUAGUGGUGACUUAAAUUUUAAUCGUAAUUCGGCAAUCAGGAAUACUUUGUUUCCUAACUGAAGACAUAUUCAGUACUCCCUCAAACCUGUACGUAACAAGUCUUAAAAUUUACCUUUAUAGUAAAAAAUUUAAUGGGACCUCCAGGGAGAUGACGGAUCAUGUUACUAAAAAAUGACGUUGUGUUUUUAAAAACCGCUAAAGAGAGCCAUCUUGGAGGAAACACUGCAUAUAAUCACAAUUGUUGCUCAUGCUUUCUCUGAAUCCGUCUGGUGUACGUUGAAAUUUUUGAAAUGCUACUUCCAACAGGUAAACUACACAGCUAUUAGAAUAACAUUGGACUGUAAUGUUGAAGAAUAAACCGACAAUGUUGAACGCAACUGUAAUUACUUGUAUUUGUG